AUGGUUGCCUGGAAUCACCUUAAAUUCAAUAGAGUCUUAGAUGUCAAAUCUAAAAUAUAACUUGCUAGAGUGCACUUUGAACUUGGAAAUCAUUACGAGAGCAAAAAAUUAUUCUAAGCUAUAAAAACAUAAAUCAAAACAGAUGAUCAACUUGGAAAUGAUAAGAAUUUGUGGCUUUCAUUUUACAUUGAAAAAUCAAAGUAUUUCUUGAGUUUGCAACUCUUCAAAAAGUUUGCAAAAUACGUGUUAAGAAUGUAUGAUUUCCUUGGCCAAGAUAAAUAAGUAUAAUAGAAGUAGAUAUAGAAAUUCUUAUCAUUAGCAAACUUAAAUGCAUCUAUCGAGCCUAAAUUAUCAUAAGAAAAAGAGGUUGAGAGAGUAAACAAGAUAGAUUUGCAGGAAAUUUAUAACGGUGCUUAAUUGCCUUUAUUUUUAAUAGUCAUGGAAUCUCAAUUCUAAUGA